CAAGUGCGCGCGUGCGAACAGCCAAAUUUCGAGCCCUUUACAAGCCAAUCCAACUGAGCAGAGCGGCCGCACUGCAAGCGUGUAGUGUAGUGUAGUGUGCUGUGCUGUGCUGUGCUGUUAGCCCGAAAGCGAAAGUGCAAACCAAGACACACCGGCAACAAUGUGUGCGUGUGUGUGAGUGUGAGUGUGUGUGUGUGCUGAAGUUUUUUGUAAGGAGUUUGCGUACACGGUAAUUAAAGCGCGGCAUAGCUCCACACGAAUCCUUUGGCCGCUUUCGAUCGAAGGAGCUGCGCGCGUUACUCAUGCGGCACUGCGAAAAUGUAACUCCUCCCCGACCCCAUAUAUUUGGAUCAAGGCAAUCAAAUAAAAUUAGUUUUCUGUGCUAUUUAGUGGCAUUUUGUGUAGUGUUUUAAAUUGGUGCCAAAGCAAAUCCGCGAUAUAAAUGUGAAGCAAGCAAACGCCACCGAUUUGUCCAAUUCAAUUCAAUUACCUUACCCAAACAUAAAUUGUGUGAAGAUAAUCACGGAUAGAGAAAAACCAAACCAAACCAUUUUGAAAUUUUAUUAGUUUUUGGCAACGAGCAGAGCAAUUACAUCUUGAUAAUAGUUCUGUAAAUUGCAAAAAAAAAAACCGAAACCUCAAAACCACCAACAAGAAUUUUUAGCAACAGCAACUGGCACCACAACAACAUCGGAAAUAUGUAUAACUUUUGGAUAAUCGUUUUAUGUCUAGGAUUACUAGCAACUAAGUCAAUAAAUGGACAAUCGGAUGUGGAUGUGCAAUUGGUGGUGCCGAGAUAUGUGGAGCGCGGCUCCAGCGCCACAUUGAAAUGCAGGCACAAUGUGAUACCGGAAAUACUGUUCAAGGUGACAUGGCUGAAGGUUGAGAAGGGCAAAUUCUUCGAGUUCAUAAACGGACGCAAUCCCCCAUUCCGUAAUUCCACCAUCGAGGGAGCCGAAAUUGAUUGGGAGAACUCGAACGAAACGCAGGUGACCUUGAAGAAUGUGCAGUUCGACCUGUCGGGCCAGUUCUACUGCGAGGUAUCAACGGACACGCCCAUCUUUACGAAAGCCAGCGCGGAUGAGCUAAUGAGCGUUUUCUUGCCUCAGACAGGUCCACCCACCAUCAAGUUCCGCAAGCGGACACCCUUCGCCAUUGGCGAGAAGCUGUUCGCCUUGUGCAACACAACCCGAGGUCGGCCAGCCCCGCACAUAACAUGGCUAAUCAAUGGCAAAAAGGUCGAGGAGAAGUUCGUGCGCACCCACCACGUCUUCUCGUUCAACGGCAAGCAUCAGCGCCGCACGCAGCAGCAGCAACAGACGCCGCUGACCCAGCAGCAGAUGCAGCAGUACUAUCAGCAGCAUUACUACAGCCAGUAUCAGCCGCAGUUCCACGUGCCCCACUACAUCGAUCGCUACGACAAGAGCCUGCGCUGGGGCGGGGCCCGUCCAGGCGAUGAGUUCUCGCAGUAUGCGCCGCACCAUGGACACGACGGACAUAUACAUCAUGGCGGCGUUGGCAACAUCUACAACAAUCCGUUCAGCUCUCUGGCUAAUUAUCAUGACCUCGGCGAGAUACACGAGAUACAUCAGCGCAACUACGAUAUAAACAAGAAGCAUAUGGAGAUUAAGAAGCAGCAGAUGGAGUUGAAAAAGCACAGAAACGCAAACCGAAAAUUUCGGCGUCAUAUUAACGAAAAUGCGCUCGGCAUUAUUCGCAGCACUCUGAACAGUGGCGGAUUUGGGCCACAGGCGCCCAACUUGAACAAGGAACUGGGCAUACCAUCUAAUGCCGGACCCAUGAACCAGCUGGCAGCCGGCUAUCAGCGUCCGCUGUCUCAUCCAGGAGGCGGCAGUGGUGUGGCCGCCGCUGCGGCUGCAGUGACCGCAGCGCAGCAGGAGAAGGGCAUGUUCAGCAUUAGUCAGCUCAAUCUGGAGAUAACGGAGCAGCACGUGGGCAGCAAUGGCCGCAUGGAGAUCACAUGCCUGUCCACGAUACCGGCGACGGUGGGUCAGGGCGAGCAGUAUGCCGAUUACAAAACGUAUUCGGUGAAAGUCGAGGUAGAGCGUCAUCAGGCGUCCUCCACGUCAACGGCUCCGCCUAGCAUUGGGAUGGCAGCCCUAGGCAAUGGCAACGGGCACGGAAACGAGACAUCCGCCGGUUGGAGGGCGCGCGGAGCUUUCCUAACGCAUCUGUGGUCGCUGGCACCCCUGCUGAUUUUCGUGCUGCUGUCACUGAGCUAUUAGGAUGAAACUGCAGCAAACGUAGCCAUCAAACUGCAGGAGAGAAGACCACCGACAUAGAAAGAGGUACAGUAAACCAAAACCAAGGGCACCCAAACAGAAACAACUACCACAACAACAACAACAACAACAGCAACAGUCAUGCACAGGCAAGUUGGCGAUUUCAGUGUAAUUGAGCUGGAAAAUUAGCCAAGUAUCUGAAGAAGCCAAAAAGCAUGCAAACAAUUAAGAGCGAGUGCAUAAACAAUAAUAUUUUUUGCCUCGUUCUGGCAAAAUAGCGAGUGAAAGAGUUUAUUUGUAAAUUAUUGCCGGACUGCAAUACGGAAAACAGAAAUAUUUGUAAUUAAGUUGCAGUCAAAUGUGAGCAUCGAAAUUGUUUCUUUUUUAGCAGCUGACAAUUUUGUAGCGUAGCGAAAUUUUUGUAUAGCUUUCAAUGGAGCAUACCCAAGUCGCAAGGGACAAGGAGUUAGUUUAGCAUUUGAAGGUGAGCCGGAUGCAGUUUAAGUGGCGAUGCGCCUCACAUUUUGGGCCUAGUCAAAUAUUUGUGCAAAUAAAAUUUUAAACAGAAAAUAAACUACAAUAGAUAAAGAACGUUUUUGGCGAACUUGGGCAGUCGCCAGACUGCUUGGGCCCAUGUACCUAAAAUGCAAACAAAAAAAAUAUAAAAAGUUAUGCAAACAAAUGAUAUUUUUUAUGGUGUUGUAACGCUUUGGCUAAAUAGCAAAUCUAAGGCUAAAAUUAAGGCAAGUUUGAAUUUAGGCCGUAGCAACAAAAAAUUAAUUAACCCCCCCACAGAAAAUGAAAUGUUUAAAUGUAAAAUAAUUAGACAGUUAAACCAAGAAGCUUACAAAUACAAUCAGUGUUGAAAACAUUUUGAGAAAAAAACAAAACAAAACAAAAACAAAAACCUUAACGAAAACCAAAUAAAUAACAGCGACAAGAAAGGGCGUCGAAAUGGUCGCAAUCUGCGGCACGUGGCAAGUCUAAAAAGGGUCAGCCCAAAUGGUUGAACUCCUGAUGACGCGAAAUUCGCUCCUUCUGGUGUCGGGAUACUCCUUUUCCUACACUUACACAGCUUAUUUAUUUGCAUUCAUUUAGCCCUUAAUUGCGCUCUGUAAAUGGUAAUUGUCGAAAUGGAUCGUCUUUUAUGUGCGAGUAGUUAGGAAAAUAAUUUCAUUUGCCGUUCACUGUUUGUUUUUUGGGUGAGCUAAGAUAUUCAUAUAUGAGUGUGUGAAUAAGUAUAUAUUUAAUAGGAUAUUUUCAAAAACGCUUUCAAUGUCUAUUGCUAACUGAAAAAGUCUUUACGCGUAGCAUACAUUGUAACCAAAAUAUGUAUGUAUAGUCUCUAAGUCGGAGGAAACAAAAACAAAAUUCAAUCGCACAGCGCAAAGUAAAUAUAUGUAAAGCAAAUAGCAACCUAGUUUAUAUAUAUUAUACCAAUAUACAACUAUAUAUAAAUAUGCGUCUACAUAAAUGUGUGUAACUACUUAGCUAUUAGGCAAAUAUUUUUAACUUCAUAAUAAGCAACAAGAAAAACAGAAAUGUAAAAUAAUCAUUACGCCUGCAAACAUUUUCCUACAGUUUGAAGAAGUAGCUAAAGAAAAAAUAUAUAUAUUAAAUAAGGCCGCAAAGAAAUUUCCGGGAAAUAUAGUUGAAACCUUUUUUUAAAACGAUUGUUCAAAGCAUUAGUUCAAGAAAUAUGCAGUAAAAUCCUUAGUUUCAGAUCCAAUUGAAAACUACAGAGAAAAUGCAUUAACGUAUGCUUAAACAACAUUUUUAUAAAAAUGCAAGAAACAUUAUUACAAAAUGGUAAAUGGUAAAUAUAACAAAAGUACAUAUUAUAUAUUAAAAAUAUGGCUAAAAUGUCUUAUGCAGGUAUUGACGUCUUCCUAUGCUACGCUGUCUAUUAUUAACUGAACAAGAAAAACCAAUUGAGAAAUUUAUAAAAUUUACAUUAAUAAACUAGA